CAGCACUAGAGUUGUGCGUCGCCUUGAAGAGUUUCACUCCAUCGUGGGAGAAGUCCCGAAAACUUUUCGUCAUGUCAAGACUGAGCUCCCUCUGUUGGAGACCACGCUUCAACAAAUCAAAGGAGCUAUCGACGCGGACUCGGUGGCGGACGGAACUGGAAAAGGCCUCUUGCUUACUAUAGAAGGAUGUCAAGAACAAAUCGCGCAGCUAGACGCCAUCCUCGCAAAAACAUUACCAGAAAUUACCGACAACUGGCGAAAAAGGGGUAAGAAGGCAAUAGUGAGCCUGCGCCACGACGCCAAAGUGGAGAAUAUUAUGAAGAUCCUGCGAAACUAUAUUGGGAACCUGACGUUCUACUACGCCGCUGCAUCGUCAACCUUGCAGCCCCUCACAGAUGCAAAGCUCUGCAAGAUCCGCCAGUGGCUAUCUGCGCCAGACCCAUCUACGAACUACCAGAAAGCGCUCAAGCAACGGCAGGCUGACACUGGGCUUUGGUUUCUUGAGAGUGAAAAAUACACUAGAUGGAAGACGGAAGUUUCGUCGCCUCUUUGGCUGUAUGGGAUUCCGGGGUGUGGCAAGACCAUCCUAAGUUCUGCUAUUGUCCAAAAUGUGCUCCAGCACUGUCAUGAUGAUCCUGGAAAAGUGGUUGCGUAUUUCUUCUUCGACUUCAACGAUGCGCAGAAGCAGGAUCCGGAGAAGAUGUUGCGCUCGUUGAUUUGCCAGCUGUCACAACAAUCCAUUAAGAUCCCUGCUGGUUUAGAUGCCUUGUUCUCUUCUUGCGAGAAUGGGCAUCGACAGCCGUCAGUGAAUUCACUUCUAGAAGUAACGCAGGGGAUGAUUCGGGAGUUUCCGCAGACCUACGUUGUUCUCGAUGCUUUAGAUGAAUGUUCCCAACGUGCAGACCUCAUGGACAUGCUCAAGGCAAUGGCUGAUUGGCAGCUCCAGAAUUUUCACCUUGUAGUAACAAGCCGAAGACAACGGGAUAUCGAGAGCAUCUUGGAGGGUCUAGUAGACUGCCAGAACGCCAUAUGUCUUCAAAGCAAACUGGUAGAUAAGGAUAUACGGCGAUAUGUUCGACAAAGGCUAUCUGAUGACAAGCGCUUGCGAAAAUGGGAGAAGGACGCCGCUAGGAUUGAGGCUACCUUAAUGAACGGAGCCAAGGGAAU